AUGACUCUUCCUUCACACGUGAACCUCAUCAUCGCAACCGCUACGAUAUGCACCAUCCUUAUCAUCACCCGCUGCAGCUAUCGCCUGUUCUUCCCAUGCAAGCAACACCCCGAGUGCCACCGACGAUGGCGUGUUGACGAUAGUUAUAUGGCCUUUGCCCUACUACCGCUCAUUGUACGCACGGUACUGAUGACCUGGAGCUUCUCCCUUGACCCAGAGACUUCACACGACCCGGCGACACUAAGAGAGGCACAUGCCUUAGGGAAGACUGUGGACGAGAUCGACGCGGACCGCAAGCUGGCGUUGAUACUCCUAAUGCCUGUCCGUAUCACCUACGCUCUCUUUCUAUGGUCAUUGAAGCUUUGCCUGCUCUCGUUUUACUCACGCUUUGUGAGUCACCUAAAAUGGGGAAAGGUGGCUACCAUUACGCUGUGGUGGACAAUCAUGUUUACUUUCGUUGGCGUCUUGAUCACCACUCUGGCAGAGUGCCGGCCGCUCCAUUUGAAUUGGGAUAUUGUGCCCGAGAACGAGCGUGACUCUUGUAGUCAAGGAGUAGCGAACCUCUUGGUCAUGGCGGUUUCCAACGCCGUGACAGACAUUGCGCUUCUCAUUCUUCCCUUUCCUAUGCUGUACAAUACACAGCUUGAUCGCAAACACAAAGGCCAGCUUUCGGUUCUUUUCGGAAUCGGUAUCAUUGUUGUCGCCAUCACUAUUGUCCGAAUCCCCCUUAUCUUCAUGUCUUCCGUCACACAAAGCUCCCGCUCCCUGUGGGCUUCGAUUGAGAUCCUCUGCGCUUGUGUCGUGGCUAACGCAGCCUUUUUCUACGCAAUUGUCAAAGACCUCCAGAGUCGCAGCCAUUCUCACGGCAGCUCUAACAACAUGCCCAGCAAUGAUUUCUACCUUCAGAGUCUCCAGUCCACCUCUCGAGCCCCUAAUGAGCGUAAGAGAGGAGAGGUAGUCGAGCAGAUUGACUUAGAGGAGUCUCGGCCUCCAACUGGAAACGGAUCUGAUCAUUCGCUUUGGACUGGGUUACAUUCUGGGAACAAUAAGUCAUAG